UUCGGUAUGGAAAAUUAAUCGCUUAAACGCGAAACCAUUAAAUUAUUACUGUUAAAAAUGCAGUGUAUUCACGAGCGACAGCCUUGAGAGGAAACGAGAAGGCAGUUUCAGACAAUAUCGAAGAUGAGAUAAAAAUCAUAUUCGUCGAUAUUAUUUCGUAUCGAAAACUUUAUUCGUAGGUUCAAUGACAUGGAUAAAGAACGAAAUAUGGAUCGCAUGAAUUUCUACUACAUCUACAGCAGAAUAUCCAUGCUAUCCUUAGGACUUUGGCCUUAUCAGUCCUGGUCAUCCAUGAUGACUCUUCGUUCUUUAUGGAUAAUUCAGCACAUAAGCAUCAUGUUACCCGAGCUGAUAAAAAUCUACGAAAAUCGAGGCCAUUUCAAUUUACUCAUUGAAAGUCUUCCUCCAUUCACGUACAACAUUGUCAUGGCAAUAAAAUUUACGAACGGAGUCCUGAAUCAACGCAAAGAAAUCGAGAUGCUGUGUUAUUAUAGCCAUAGAGGAAAAUCUUUAAACACGGUGUAUAUCGGUCUCGUGGCUGUCGUUUUGCUAUCUUACAUGCUUUUACCGAUGUUGCCAGCCGUUUUGGAUCUUAUAAAUCCUCUAAAUGAGUCCAGGCCUAAAAGCCCCCUGUACAUGGUGGAAUUUUACAUUGACCAGGACAAGUACUUUUAUUCAGUUUUGACACACGCUUACAUCACUUCGCUCGCCGGGGUGUUACCGCUUUUUGCUACCGAUUUGUUAUUUUCUAACUGUGCCCAUCAUGCUUGUGGAAUAAUUAAAAUACUGGGGCGCCGAAUUGAAAAUAUAUUAAGUGAAGAACCUGCCUUGAAAAGGUCUUACAAGGUUGACGAUGAAAAGAAGGCUAUCGCGUGUGUUAUUGAGCACCAGAAUAUAAUAAAAUACUGCGAAAGCAUAAACUCGUUGUACACUACGUCUUUCUUUUUGAUACUGAGCAUCUCGAUCGGACUGAUGAGCGUUACAGGAUUCGUGACUCUAAUUAAAAUGAAUGAAGAGUUUAAGGAUUGCAUAAGGUUUGCUAUGUUUACCUUUGCCCAAAUAUUCCAUCAGUUUUGUUAUUAUUUUUUGGGACAGAGUGUCUUGAAUCACGAAGAGAAAUUGAAAGAUUACGUGAGCAACUUUAAUUGGUACAAAGCUUCUCCUAAAACUAAAUUCAUCAUCAAAUUUAUGAUCAUGAGGACUUUGAAACCAACAAAAAUAAGGGCGAUGAUUUUUCCAUUAACUCUAGAAAAUUUUACAUCAUUAAUGAAAACUACAAUGUCUUACUUUACCGUUAUAAAGUCUACAAGAUGAUUUCGAUACAAUGGCAAACAAAAAUAAUACUUUCUGCUGUGGUAAAAUGUAUCGAUUGCUUUGUAAAACUUAUUCUUUUAACCAUAUAUUUAUAUGUUUUCAAAUAAAAUUAUUAGUA